AUGCGAGAACGCGGUCAGGACAGCCUGGCAGGACUCGUGCUGUAUGUAGGACUCUUUGGGCACCCCGGGAUGCUGCACAGGGCCAAGUACAGCCGCUUUCGGAACGAGUCCAUCACGUCCCUUGACGAAGGCAGCCCCGGAGCCUCCGCCGGGAACAAGGGCUCGCCGCAGCCUCCCUACCCGGCCCUGGCACCUCACCUGCCUGCUGAAGAUGCCACCUCGGCGUCCCAGGAGAGCCCCACCCCACUGUGCACCUUGAUCCCUCGCAUGGCCAGUGUAAAGCUGGCCAACCCAUCCACCUUGCUGAGUCUGAAAAACUUUUGCUUGGGUACCAAAGAGGUACCUCGGCUGAAGCUCCAAGAAAGCCAGGACCCGGCCCCCAGCAGCCCAGCUUCCCCUGAAACCAGUCUGAACAGGACCGGGCCAGCACCUCUGCCUCAGCAGGACUCGGUGGGGCACAGGGCGACCUCUUUAACUCCUGAUGCCCACCCCCUUCCUGGUCCUGGGGAGCCAACCCCUGGGAGCAGGCAGGACAGGCACCUUCUGCAGCACCUGCUGGGGAUGGGCAUGAACUACUAUGUGAGGUACAUGGGCUGUAUUGAAGUGCUGCAAUCAAUGAGGUCACUGGAUUUUGGAAAGAGAACCCAAGUUACAAGGGAAGCAAUAAGUCGCCUGUGUGAAGCUGUCCCUGGGGCCAGUGGAGCCAUUAAAAAGCGCAAGCCUCCAGCCAAGUUCCUAUCAACAGUUCUUGGCAAAAGUAAUCUUCAGUUCUCGGGAAUGAACGUAAAGCUGACCAUCUCCACGUGCAGCCUCACACUGAUGAACCUUGACAACCGACAGAUUAUUGCAAAUCAUCAUAUGCAGUCUAUUUCAUUUGCCUCUGGAGGAGAUCCUGAUACUACAGACUUUGUUGCCUACGUAGCUAAAGAUCCAGUUAACCAACGAGCCUGCCACAUAUUGGAGUGCCGCAGUGGAAUGGCCCAAGACGUCAUAAGUACCAUAGGGCAGGCCUUCGAACUCCGGUUUAAACAGUAUUUGAAAAAUCCUUCUUUGAAUACGUCUUGUGAAAGUGAGGAGGUGCAUGUUGACGGCCAUGCCGAGGAGAGAGGGGAUCAUGAGUAUUACAAUGAAAUCCCAGGGAAGCAGCCGCCUGCUGGUGGUGUUUCGGAUGUGCGGAUCCAAGUUCAAGCCACAGAACAAAUGGCUUACUGUCCCAUACGGUGUGAAAAGUUGUGCUAUUUGCCUGGAAACUCCAAGUGCAGCAGUGUAUAUGAGAACUGUUUAGAACAAAGCAGGGCCGCGGGUAAUGCACAUGAGAGAGGGGUGCAGGCCCAACGAGAGGCGUCACUGAGGAAGCACACGUGUCGGGUGGAUCUCUUCGACGACCCCUCCUACAUUAAUACGCAGGCUCUUCAAAGCACACUUGUCUCUGCUGGAAAUCAAAGCUCAGCUCACCCACUGGGGAGCCCGUGGCACCGUGAAAAGGCACCAGAAACUGUUCAGCCAGGUGCCACGGCCCAGCCUGCCAGCACGCAUUCUCUGCCACUCAUUAAACAGCAGCUGCGGAGUGAAGACUGCUACCACGGCAAGCUGAGCAGGAAAGCGGCAGAGAGCCUCUUGGUAAAGGACGGGGACUUCCUGGUUCGAGAGAGUGCAACGUCUCCUGGCCAGUAUGUGCUGAGUGGGCUCCAGGGAGGCCAGGCAAAACAUCUUCUCCUGGUGGACCCUGAAGGCAAGGUGAGGACCAAGGAUCAUGUAUUUGAUAAUGUGGGCCACCUUAUCAGAUACCAUAUGGAUAAUAGUUUGCCAAUCAUCUCUUCUGGAAGUGAAGUAAGCCUUAAACAACCAGUGAGAAAAGAUAAUAAUCCAGGACUUUUGCAUUCCAACAAAUGACUGUGUGGAAGUACCGUCACACUGGCACUUCAAGAAAGUCCAUUUUGUGUGAGGACACAAAGAUCAUUCAAACUCGAUUUCUAGAAAAAUUAGAGCACAGACUGUGAAGUGUAUCUUUCUGAGACCACCAUGGUCCUUUAUAAAACAAAGAACUAACAAAAAUUGAUCUUCAGAAACUGAAAAUCAGCAGAGGGGAGGAGGAUGAGUCCGUUUGAAAAGAAAUUAUACAUAUGCACGGAUGUCACUUUUUAAGGCCAUGUUGCAUUGAUAACAAGCUAAAAGCACAAUUAAAAUUUCACAUGCUAAAGACAACUUGAAUGAACUGCUGGGGCAGUGGUAUGUGCCUUUCAACUUGAUAAUCUGGGGACAUUUUCAUAUUGGGGAAAUUAGUUCUAAGUGACUUCAUAUUCUAUAACUAUAGAACCAUUUGCCAAAAAAAAGUUUUUCCUUGUUACAAAAAUAAGAAGCAAUUUGCUUAAUAGUUAUUGACUUUAUUACCUUUUCUGUUCAGUAGCACUUUCACGGUAGUGUUAAAAUAAAUUGGAUGUUGAAUUCAGGCUGUGUCUAUGCCAGUGGAGUCAAAUCAGAAGCCACUGAAAGCGCUGGUCUGUUUCAUUGGCCUGUCCCACUUGCUGGUUAAAGGACUGGAGUCCAAAUUCUUUGGCCUAGUGUUUUUCAAUCUUUGCUAUGUAGACUGUUUGUGUACAGCAUAUGAUGAACUGAAAAAGCCAGCUCUAUCAGUUGUUUCUGAUUUCAUCACAUUUCUCCCUCCUCCCUCCCUCUCACCCCCCGAACCCCCCAAAAAAGAGCUUAUGAGUGCAUGGAUUUAAAAGAUGGCAAACAAACCAGUGGUAGGGGGAGGGUAUAGCUCAGUGGUAGAGCGCAUGCUUAGCACGCACAAGGUCCUGGGUUCAAUCCCCAGUGUCUCCAUUAAAAAAAAUAAUAAUAAUAAUAAAUAGAUGGCAAACCAGUGUUCUUCAUAUUCAAUCUCCAAAUUGGUUCCAUUCUUAUUUAAAGUACUAAAUUUAUUUUAAACAUAGGGAAAUAUCCCCUCAAUUGGCCGUGACUGAAUCAAAGUUCCAUCUACAUGUAUCCUUAGCACUUUUUCUAGAUAUGACCAGACAAAAUGCAGAAGGGAGAAAACAUUGAAUGAAACAAUUGGGAAGUUUUGCCACAUGUAGGCACACUUGGUAAACGGAUGGUGUAAUCAAGUGUUGUGUAGGGAAAAGCACUUGGACUGGGUCUCAGUGUGACCUUGACCAACUUGCUGAACCAACCCAUCUGGGCUCCAGUUUCCUUGUCUAUAAAAUGAGGGAGCUGGGCUAGGUAAAUUCAGAGGUCCAUUUCAGCCCUAACAUGAGUCUAUAAAAAGCAAAUUUUCUAUUUAUUGGGGGUCAACGUUGAUAACCAGUCUAUAUAAUUAAGGUGGAAACUUCAGCUGUUUCUCUAGUCUUUGUCUGUAUUGACUGAGAUCAUUCAGAUUAGCAGAGAUCUGGAGACUUUCAGUCGAAAACAUUGAAACUUUGAAAAAAUGUAAGUAAUGAUGGUAGAAGUAGAUUUGGUUAUUUUGAGUAGAGAAGACAGCUUCAGUCCUUUAUCUGCCUUUACAUAUAGAGAUAUGGCUGUUAGAGUGGUUUUUUUUUUUCAUCUUGAGUUAUCCAGACAGUUGCCUUAACUCCACUUCAUUUUGGCUGUGUAGAUACAACUUAAUCUUUGUAAUUGUGAAUAUUUGCUAAGUUUUAAAUAAAAUAUGAGAAACUUCUUUUGGAAAGAAAUCAUCGGAAAUCAAGCACACUGAACUCUAAUAUUUUUAUGUGAAGGUUUAUGCUUUUAUUUUACUUCUGCUAUUGGCUUCUUAGAUAGGUUUGUUUCCUUUUAUACAACUAGGAAAUAAUGUCUUUUCCCUCAAUUUUGCAUACACUAUAGUCCGUGAUUAUCUGUCCUCAUAAAGGGGGUCAGCAUGGGUAUAAAUCAGUGACAUUUGUGGGUGAUCUAGUCAAUGUAACAGAGAGAGUGGUGCUGUGGUCUCAUCCUGGUUGAACAAAAUGAUAACUGGGUGGCAAGAAAGAGUUCUUGAUACAAAUAGUCACAAAGAUUAGAACUGAUGUGAGCAGUACACGUAGAUGAUCAGUAUCUGAAUGUAACGUAUAGUAGUUAGAUGAGCAAAUUCUGCAGUUACAGAUACAACAGACACAGUGAAAAUAAAAUGAAACAACAAAAGAAGUGUUUGACUGCAUGCUAUUUUAAUGACACACUCUUAUCUUUAUCUGUCUUAAAGUGGGAAUCCAUUUGCCAUAUAAAAACCUGUAAACAACUUUUCAAAAAAAUAAAUGAGUAUUGCUUUGU